AUGAGCUUAGCAGGUGUAAAUGAUGACAAUUAUUCUAAUAAGUCAAACCUAUGUGAAAAUACACCAUUUGAUGAGGAUGUAGACGAAGAGGAGGAUAAUAUAUAUAUCAACGAAGAAACCGAAUUAGGCAGAGAGCACGUACUCAUAGCGCAUGGACCUCAAAGAAGAAUUGUGCCUCCUUUGAACUUUUGUCCUGUGGAGAGACAUCUAUAUAGAUCAGGCCAACCGUCGCCUGUUAACUUUCCUUUUUUGUUGAAUUUAAAUCUGAGAACAAUCAUAUGGCUCGCAAAUGAAGAGCCCCAGGACUCACUGCUUGAAUUUUGUGACAUCCACAAUAUUAGACUAGAAUUUGCGGCUAUAAAUCCGGAUGGAGGUGAAGAUGAUAAUCCGUGGGAUGGGCUGACGGAGCACUCUAUUAUAAAUGCCCUACAAACCAUUGUAAAUCAAGAUAAUUACCCAUUACUAGUCUGCUGCGGAAUGGGAAGGCACAGAACAGGGACUGUGAUAGGUUGUCUAAGAAGAAUUAUGGGAUGGAAUCUCGCUAGUGUCUCUGAAGAGUAUCGACGUUUCACAGGGAGCAGAGGUGGUCGAAUCCUCGUAGAGCUACUUAUCGAAGCAUUCGAUACAAACUUGGUCAAAAUAGAUUCUAGCAAAGCACCUAGUUGGUUGCUGACUGCUUUAGAAUGA